AUGGCGGAAUCCCAGAAACGUUCUCGUGUCUUUUUCGACAUUGAAAUCGGUGGCGUCAAGGCUGGCCGUGUUGCUUUCGAGCUGUUCGACGAUGUGGUCCCCAAAACCGCAGAUAACUUCCGUUCCCUUUGCACUGGCGAGAAGGGCAUCGGCCAGCAGGGCAAGCCAUUGACCUACAAGGGUUCCAUCUUUCACCGUGUGAUCAAGCAGUUCAUGAUCCAGGGUGGUGACUUCACUGCCUUCAACGGUACCGGUGGUGAAUCGAUCUACGGCGAAAAGUUCCCCGACGAGAACUUCGAUAUCAAGCAUGACCGUCCUUUCCUGCUCUCCAUGGCCAACUCUGGGCCCGGCACCAACGGCAGUCAAUUCUUCGUUACCACCCACGUUGUCUUCGGCGAGGUCAUCAACGGCAAAAGCAUUAUUCGCAAGAUCGAAAAUAUGCCCACUCAGUCCGACAAGCCCAAGGUCGACGUUACCGUGGUGAACUGCGGUCAGCUCUUCGGCGAGGAGUACGAGAAUGCCAACAAGCGCAUUCAGGACGCGACCGGUGACCCCUACGAGGACUUCCCAGAGGACCACCAGGGCGAGGAGCUGACUGCUCCUCUGGGCUUCAAGAUCGCUUCGGACCUCAAGGGAUUCGGCAAUGCUGCGUUCAAGAGCGGCAACCUCGAGCUCGGCCUGGAGAAGUACCAAAAGGGCUUGCGCUGGCUGAACGAGUUCCCCGAGCCCGGCGAAAAUGACUCCAAGGAGCUCGGUGAGCAGAUGACUGCUCUGCGCUUUACCCUACACUCCAACUCGUCGCUUCUCGCCAACAAGCUUGGUCAGUUCUCGAACGCUAAGACCUGGGCUGGGUAUGCUCUGAAGGUUGCGGAUACCACCGACAGCAAGGACAGUGACAAGGCCAAGGUUUAUUACCGCCGAGCUCUUGCCUAUGUCGGUCUGAAGGAGGAGGAUAAUGCGCUCAAGGAUCUCACGGAAGCUUCCAAGCUGGCGCCUACUGAUGUGGGUAUCACGAACGAGAUCGCCAAGGUCAAGAAGGCUGUCAAGGACCGCGAGGCAAAGGAUAAGAAGGCUGCCCAGAAGUUUUUCUCCUGA